GUAGAACAAUCCUCACGCUAAUUUCUCACGAAUUAGUCAGGUCGCGUGGAAAAAGAAGCCAAAUCGACGGUACGCGACAAUCUCAGUUCUCUCCUUUCACCUCUCCGAUCUCUCCAUCAUCCCUACUCUCUCUUCACCUCCAUUCCAUCCGAACACACCAUCAUGCCACCUCUUGUCCUCCUCACCGGAGCCACCGGCUACAUCGGCUCGCGCGUGCUUCUGGAAGCCCUGCGCAGCGGCUACCACGUCCGCAUCAGCGCGCGCACCCCGGAGAAGGCGCAAAAAGUGCUCUCCAACCCCGUCAUCCAAUCUCUGUCGCCCGGCGCGCGCCUCACCUCCGUCGUGAUCCCCGACAUCACCGCGCAGGGUGCCUUCGACGAUGCCCUGCAGGACAUCACCUACGUGAUCCACGUGGGCUCCCCCGUGCCGGUCCCCAGCUACGAUCCGAUGACCGACAUCUACCAGCCGACGGUGCAGGGGACGUCCAACCUCCUCAGCUCCGCGCUCAAACACCCCUCCAUCAAACGCAUCCUCAUCACGUCCUCCAUCGUCGCCAACAUGACGCCCAUCCCGGACCCGAACGUGCGCGUCUCCGCCGCCUCGCGCGUCCCCAUCCCGCCGCCCACCUCCCUCUCCUCCGUCUUCGAGGGCUACAUCCUCGGCAAGAUCAACGAGAUCAACAACACCGACGCUUUUGUCGCGUCGCACAGUCCCCAUUUCUCAGUCGCCCACGUCAUCCCGGGCUACGUCUACGGCCCGAACGUCCUGUACCCGGGCGACAACGACGCCCUCGUCAAGAACUCCUCCAACGGCCUCCUCAUCGCCUCCGUCACCGGCGUCGCUGUCCCCGUCCCCGUGCACGAAGGCUUCGUGCACAUCGCCGACCUCGCCGACAUCCACCUCAAGGCGCUGGAGUACGAGCCGCGGGAGGGCGGGCCGCGGGCGUUCGGCGCGUGCAACUUCGCCGACUACGCGGCCACGUUCGAUAUCGUGGCGAAGGCGUAUCCGAAGGCCACGGCGGAGGGGGUGUUUUCGAAAGGGUCGAUGCCGACGCUGCCGGCGCCGUAUGACUCCAGCGAGACGGAGAGGGAGCUGGGGGUGCGGUUUCGGUCGUUCGAGGAGGCGGUGGUGGAUGCGGCGGGGCAGUUUUUGGAGAAUUUGGGGAGGGAGAGGGUUUAACUUUCAUCGUCUUUCCAUUUUCGUUCUUUUUUGAAGGUCGGGUGUAUGUAGACUAUACAAUAGAAUGAUCCUCGGCUAAAUGAGAUACCUU